AAGAUAAAACAGAAGAUUUAUUGAAGCAUAAACCUGAAGUCAAUGCUGAUUUUGAACGAUUACUCUUGGGUUCUCCUAAUUCUUCAUAUUUAUGGAUUAAUUACAUGGCUCAUCAACUCAAACUUUCUGAAAUAGAUAAGGCACGUGAAAUUGGUGAACGUGCUCUUAAAACUAUCAAUUUUCGAGAGGAACAAGAAAAGAUGAAUAUAUGGGUUGCUCUUAUGAAUUUAGAGAAUAAUUUUGGAACGGAUGAAAGUCUCGGUGGU